AUGGUCUGCUGCAUCCCCUUGGAAUGGCAUUCGCCAGAGGCAAGCAGGCUCCACCCUGCUUGGGCAUUUCUGGCUUACCUCCUCUUACAUAGCUUCAGCAAGGGAUUCUGGGCAGGGAUUGGUCUCAGCACCCACAGCGAUAGUCUGCUGCAACCCCGUGAAAUGGCGUUUGGUGGUGGUCUCUUCACAGCUGAUUACCUCCCAAAACUUAUACCUCAACUAAAUGUUCCUGCACUAAAACCAAUUUCCUUUAAGAAUAAAAAGAUAUCAAAAAGAAGAGAGGAUAAAAAAGAGUCAGUUUUUCAACAAGUUAGGAAAAGUAAGGUUUUGUCAUACGAUACACAAGAACCAGAAGGUGAUGAUGUGAUAGAGCAUAUUAUUAGGCUAAGAAAAAAAUUUGGUUGGCAAACGAUUCUACCAAAAAGUAAAUUUGACAUCAAACAAUGCAAAUUAUUGGUGCAACAGGCUCUUCAAGAGGAACUAGUGAAAGAUGAUGGAGAAUUUGUAUACUGUCUUUCUCAAAAAAGUGCUAAAACUUUUUAUAAUCCUUACGACCUCCAAGUAGUCUCUUCUCAGAAUGCUAGGUGCUGUAAAGAAUUUUGGACAGUUUCUGCUUCAUUUAUAUCAAAGUUUGUUAAAACAGAUCAGACAGGAGAGAUAGAACUCAUACCAACUUCAGAAUGGCUAUUAGAAAAAAGAUAUUACUCUUUUUUACAGCAGUUCAAGAUAUUUUCCAAUUUCCGAAUAAAUAAAGCCUUUAUUACUUGGAAAUUGAAUGUUAAAAGGACUAAGAAAGAGAAGUGCAUGUAUUAUCUCAACUGCCAUCUCUUUUUGGCUGAUGAGUUAUUUCAAGGAUGUCUGUUUUACAUAAAAGGACUUUGUGAAGAUGCCCUUAAUGUCAGAAUUGAUAACUGUCCUAAAACUGAUGCAUCUGUCAUAAUCCUUGUAAAGCUGGAUAACACACGAACAUAUUCUCUAGAUGAAUUUUGUGAAGAACAACUACAGCAAGUUGCUCAGGCAUCAAAACAACUUGCAGCUCUCAGAGAUGAAUCAAGUUUGGCAAUAAAAAAUGUAAUUUUAAAGGUGGCAGAAAGGGAAAAUAUUGAAGAGUACUUUGUGUCUGAUGCUCCUGAAUGCCAUACACAUUUCAAGACGGCUAAAUACAAACGUUUGUUAGGAGCAUCUUUGAAGUUUCUGAAGCUGAUUGACUACUUCUUUCUGGAACUCAUUCAUCAACUAGUUCAUAAAGCAAUCACAAUGCUUUUGGAAUUUUUUCACUGUUCUGCGAGUAUGCUGUUGUCUGUGGGGAAAAAAAAUGAACAGCUCUACAAAAUAUACAAAGAUAUCGUUGCUUUCAUUGGAAAGAUAGCAAGAGACAAGGAAGAUCGUGAUAGUAUUUCAAAGUCACAAGAUACGUAUAUUCUAAAGUCUGAAUUAAAAGCAGAAAAGGAAAUUAAUGAGAUUUUGAACAGUAUUCAAGUUGAUAUGGAGAAAAAAUAUGCACCAAUAUUUCAAGUCCAUCUACACUUAAGAAUUCCUUCUGAAAGUGAUAUUUUAGAAAAAUUACAUAUAGAAAUAGAGGCUGAUUUUGAGAAUAAAGAAGAGCUUUUUGAGGAACUUUCAGAAUUUCCUACAAACCUAUUUUUAGAUCCCAACAGAUUGGAUUUUUCAAUAAAAAUUCAAAAUAUGCUGGCUGAAAUGGAAAAGUGUAUAACUACCAUGAAUCCUCUUUGCCAAGAUCCUCACCUGAAAAUCUUUAAUUAUAAAGACUUUACGAUGAAUUUUCCUAAUAAAAGAGGAGAAAUAGAAUGUAAUAAGCAAACAAAAUGGCUAGAUUGUCAACUCCUUUUUGGAAAAGAUAUUUUAUACCAAAGGAAGAUAAUGAGUAUCCUGAGCAUUAUUGGUCAUUCAAUGAGUUUAGUUAAUGUCUACAGCCAGAGGUUUUUAAAAUAUUGUGCCAUGACAUCAAAGGCCAAACUUAUGAGUAUGAAAUUAUUAGAGAUGGAAGAAUUAACUCCAAUACAGUUUAAAACUAUAUUAGAAAAAUCCAGAAUCUAUCUUAAACAGGUUAUUACUAUGGCCAUUGAGAAACGUGUUGGCAUUUUCAACGUUCUAAGUUUUGAAUAUCAGUCAGAAUGUUUGCCAUAUAUUGACGAUAUCAUAACUACUAGCAAUAACCUCUUGUUAUCUACAAUUAAAAACAAGAAUGUAAAUACUUUGAAUGUUGUAGAUUCAUUAUUGGGAAAGUUGAUGCAUGACCCCAUUGAAACAGAAGAAUUUGCAGAACAUUUUACUUUUUUGGAUAAAAUGCCCCACACAAUAUCUAAAUUAGAAAAAGAGUACUUACUAAUUUCGGAACUGAAUUCUAUUGUAACGUAUUACCAGAUUCCUACAUCAGAAGAACAAAAUGUUUACAGUAAAGUCCUUCUUACCAAGUUUAGUGAACUGAAAACUACCUCAAAGAUCAUGGAAGCGAAGAAAGAUGACACCAUCUUGAAAUUCAGAGAAAAUUUGGAAGAAUGUAUGGUUAAGCUACAGACUGAAGUUUGUGAGUUAAAGGACAAAAUAAAAACUCCUGUUCUCUUACAAGCCAGUACUCCAGCAUCAACAGCAAUGGCCAUUAUCCAGUCCUUUUCACAGGAAGCUUCCAGUCUAGCUAACCAAACUCAAAAAUAUGCAAGCUAUCAGGAUCGUUUUAAUGAUUCCCAGUAUCACGUCCGUCCCUUUAAGAUAGAGGAGAUUACACAAACAAUGCUUUCAGAGAUCUAUGACAUUGAAUAUGACUUAGCCUUAAGGAAAUUAUUAUGGGAUGCUCAAGACGAAUGGAGAGUCCUCUUUCAAGAAUGGAGGAAUAGUGUUCUUCACAGUGUUGAUAUAGACACAAUACAGAAACAUGUUUCAAAAUGGAAGCACAUUGUCUUUGUGUUAGAAAAAGGUUUACCUAGAAACAACAUGGUAAUACAUCUGAAGCAGUCAGUGAUGGAGCUUAAACAAGAGCUGCCUAUUAUCAUAGCCCUGGAAAACCCCUAUCUCAUGCCAAGGCAUUGGGAACGACUUCAAAUGAUUACUGGAAAGGCAGUUAAAUUUGAUAAAAAUUGCACAAUAGAGAAUCUUGUAGAACUCAAGGUGCUUUAUCAUAAAAAUGAAAUAAAUGAAAUCUCAGUAUCUGCAACUAAUGAAGCUUCUCUUGAAAAAUUGCUAUUUAAGAUUAUUGAUCUUUGGGACAAUACUCCUUUAUGUUUAGUUCCUCAUUCUUCAGAGAACUAUAGUAUCUUGAUACUUCCAUUUAUAGAAAACAUAAUGACUCAAUUAGAAGAAUCUCAAAAUAUACUUACAACAGCUAAAGGAUCUUCCUAUCUUGGGCCCAAUAAGGAUCUUGUACAUGAAUGGAUUCAAAAUUUGAGAGUCUUCUCUCGCACUCUUGAGGAAUGGACGAAAUGUCAAAGAAAUUUGCUGAAUCUUGAACCAAUUUUUAAUUCUUCAGAAAUACAAAGGCAGCUCCCAGAAGAAACCAAACUCUUCUCUAAGGUGGUUUCCUCAUGGAAAGAUAUCAUGUUAAAAAUACAAAACAAAUUGAAUGCUUUGCGGAUAGUCGUCUCUAUUGGAGUAUAUGGCAUUCUGAAAAGUUGCGGUGCAAAUCUUGAAUACAUUAAGAAAAAGCUUGAGGACUACCUUGAUAUUAAAAGAAUGAUUUUCCCAAGAUUUUACUUUCUUAGCAAUGCUGAACUUCUUGACAUUCUAGCUAACAGCAAAAAUCCUGAAUCAGUCCAGCCUCAUCUUAUUAAGUGCUUUCAAAAUAUAAAUCAACUAAGGCUGUGGAAACAAGAAAUUGGCCCCCCUGCUGUGAAAAUGUUCAUCUCUGCUGAAGGAGAAGCUCUUGUGCUACCAACAAAAAUUCGUUUAAGAAGUGCUGUAGAACAGUGGCUGGUAAAUCUAGAGAAAAGCAUGUUUGGUCUGAUAAAAAAACUUCUAAGCCAAGGGAUUGAAGACUGGAACACCCAACCUUUUUCCCAAUGGGUGGUCUCCCAUCCAGGACAAGUGGUACUCACUGUGAGCCAGAUCAUAUUUUAUGAUAAUUGCCUCAGAAGCUUUAGGAGUUCUCAAGCAAAGGAAGAGUUGGAAAAAGUUCAUUUUGAUAUACUCCAUUUCCUAGAUGUGAUUAUGGAACGAAUAAGGCUGGAGUCUAGUAACUCUCGCAUAAAAGUAGUGCUAGGAUCAUUGCUCGCUGUUUAUGUUUAUUGCAGAGAUAUAGUGAAUGGCUUGCUACUUAAAAAUAUCUCUAACAAAGAUGAUUUUGAGUGGACAAGACACUUGCAAUAUAAAUGGAAUGAAAAACAAAAAUUGUGCUAUGUAUCUCAAGGAGAUGCCAGUUUUACUUAUGGUUAUGAGUACUUGGGUUGCUCCCCAAGAUUGGUUAUUACACCUCUCACUGACAGGUGCUGGCUAACUCUCACUGAAGCAAUACGUUUGAAUCUAGCAGGUUGUCUUGCUGGUCCAGCUGGUACUGGAAAAACUGAGAGUGUCAAAGACCUAGCAAAAUCCUUAGGCAAACAUUGUGUGGUCUUCAACUGCUUUGAAAAUUUAGAUUAUAAGAUCACAAAGAAUUUCUUCCUUGGAAUAGUUCAGUCAGGAGCAUGGUGCUGCUUUGAUGAACUUGAAAAAAUUAAUACAGAGGUUCUGUCUGUAAUUGCCUCACAAAUCCGAACUAUUAAAGAUGCAAAAGACAAAUUUUCUAUCAGGUUUGUACUGGAAGGAAAAGAAAUACGCAUCAAUAUGUCUUGUGCAAUAUUCAUCACCGUAAAUUUUGAAUGCAGUAAUCGAAGAGAACUUCCAGAUAACUUAACAUUUCUAUUUCGCCCAAUGUCAAUGAUGGUACCCAAUUCUGAAAUGAUUGCUCAAGUAUUGCUAUUUUCAAUUGGUUUUAAAUCUGCAAAAUCACUGUCGGUAAAGCUAAUUAGUACUUAUGAAUUAGCUAGAAAACAACUCUCACAACAGGAUUUUUAUGAUUUUGGCCUAAAGAAUUUGAAGACAAUUAUAAUAAUGGCUGGAAAGAAGAUACAAAAGUAUAAAAGUACCACCAGUGACUCCCUUUCUGAAGCAACAGAAUUAAUGAUCCUUGUUGAGGCCAUGAGAGAAAUUAGUUUACCAAAAUUUCAUCAUGAAGAUGUCAUACUUUUUGAAAAGAUAAUGGCAGAUGUUUUUCAUAAAACUGUAAAUUCAAGGGAAAAUACCAUUGCCUUGGAGAGAGCAAUAUCUAUUGAAGUACAACAAAUGGGUUUUGAGGAAUUGCCAGCUCAGAAGAACAAAAUUUUGCAGCUUUAUACUCAACUUCAGGCUUUUGUUGGUGUGAUGUUGGUAGGUCCAACAGGUGGAGGAAAGACAACAGUCAGACAAAUUUUAAAAAGAGCGUUAGCGCUAUUAUCAAUUACAAAUUUAGAAACAACUGGAGACAUCAAUUCUAGUUCACAGAUUACAGGGAAAAAAGCAAAAGUAGAUACUUGUAUUUUCAAUCCAAAGUGCAUCACUGUGGAUCAACUCUAUGGGCACCUGGAUACGAAUACUAUGGAAUGGAAAGAUGGAUUAUUAUCAGCAGCAGUUCGAAAUUAUGUAUCCUUAAGCUCUACAAAGAAUUUACCAAAGCAAGAUGUCAAAAAGGAACAAAAAUAUAAAACCUCAGAUGUACCUGAUAUUUUUGGACUUGGAGACUCAUAUACAAAAGACAUUGAUGAUAAUAUUUUUAUACACAAGAUAAAGAAAGAUGAUUUUCUUUCAAAAACUCAAGACUUGGACUGGCAAUGGAUAAUCUUUGAUGGUCCAGUGGACACUUCUUGGAUAGAAAAUAUAAGCUCUAUGCUAGAUGAUACUAAAACAUUGUGCCUAGCAAAUAGUGAAAGAAUCAUUUUAACUGAAAAAAUUAGAGUGAUUUUUGAAGUGGACAAUCUCUCUCAUGCCAGUCCUUCCAUUCUCAGCCAAUGUGCUAUGGUCUAUAUGGAUCCUGUUGACCUAGGUUGGGAGCCUUAUGUUAAGUCGUGGCUUUUGAAAAUUUCUAAAAUUUUGAGUGAACCAGGAGUGCGUUAUGUGGAAUUACUGAUUAAAAUUAGUGCCACAGAGGGGCUACAAUUUAUAAGACGGCAUCAGAAAUUUCAGCCAUUUCCUGUACCAGAACUAACAAUUAUUAAAACUCUAUGCAGAAUUCUUGACGCAUUCUUUGAAUGCGUUAGUGAAAUUGGAGAGUUUAAACCAAGUUAUUGGAGGAAAAAUAUAUCUGAAAAAGCACAUGCUGAGAAUUCAAAAUUCAGGUUCAAGAGAUUAAGAAGCUUUACUAAUGAAAAUAAAUGGUAUCUAGAGAAAAAUCACGACAAAGAAAAAAUGUUGAUUCAAAAGAUUUUUGUGUUUGCUUAUACAUGGGCAUUUGGAGGCACGUUAACGCGUGAAGAUGAACAUGAAGAUGAUAUACUAACACAUUUAAAUUAUAAUCCCAAUUCUCCUGCAAAAGUAACAAAUGAUUUUGACAACCUUGUUCAUGAAGUAUUUGAAAAAAAUCCACAGCUAGGCUUUGACCUUCCAACUGGUCAACAUUCCAUCUUCGGAUAUUUUGUGGAUAUAGAACAAUGUGAUUACAUAUUAUGGUCAGAAUUACUUCCUAGUGUUCACACAUUAAUUCAAAAAGGAACUUCAAUAGGAUCUAAUGCUGAAGACUCCAAUGACAACCUCUUGAAGAUAAUAGACUAUGGAGAUAAUAUGUAUUAUAUUGCUACAAGAGAUACAAGAAGUAUUUCUUUUCUCAUCACCCUUCUUUUGAAGAAUUCCUACCCUGUUCUUCUCACAGGGGAUUCUGGUGUUGGAAAAACAACUACCGUUAAUCAAAUGCUUGAAAGACUGCAGGAAUCUGGAGCAUUUAGUGUGGAAUAUGGAUCAAUUUUAGGAGAUGUUUUAUUAUAUAAUGAAACUAAAAAAGAAAGCUUAAAACGGAAUCUCAGCAUAUUAGUUUCUGAAAGUAAGAAAAUAGAAAAUAAAGGUAGAACAUCAUUACCUAAAAUUGAUGAAAGUUUAUAUAGUCAUAAUGAAGGGAUUAUAACCUCUAAAAUAAAUUUUAACAUCAAUAUGACAGCUGCUAAAACCAAAGAGUUGAUCCUUAAGAAAUUAAUAAAAAGAACUAAAGAUACUCUUGGAGCACCAAACAGCAACAAGCUUGUUAUAUUCAUUGAUGAUUUGACUAUGCCUGAGUCAGAUAUAUAUGGAGCACAACCACCCCUAGAAUUAAUCAGACAAUUAUUAGACUUGGAGGGAGUUUACGAUACUGAAAAUCUUAUGUGGAAGACUAUUCAAGAUUUCUGUCUAAUUGCAUCAUGUGAGUGUCCAUUUGGUAGGAGAACUAUUAACCAACGCCUCCUCAAACACUUUUCUGUUUUCGUGUUGCCUCAUCCUUCACAAAGUGCCUUACUUUCUAUUUUCCAGGUUCAUUUGGGAAUAUAUUUCUCCAUCAAUAACUUUGUAGAUGCAGUUCAGAAAGACAAAGAUAAAAUAAUUUCUUGUUCCCUUGCCAUGUAUUAUCAAAUAUGCGAGAAUAUGUUACCAACUCCAACAAGAUGUCACUAUAUAUUUAAUCUCCGAGAUGUAUUUAAGCUUCUCAUAGGACUGCUGCAAGCUGAAAACUCUAUUAUUAACUCCAUUGAGAUGGCUGCUCUAUUCUUUGUUCAUGAAGCUACCCGAGUGUUUCAUGAUCGACUAGUUGAACAUUGGGAAAAGUCUCUUUUCUAUCAGUUUCUUUCAAAGGAACUUGAAAAUUAUUUUCAGAUUCAGUGGACUAAAGAAAAACUAAUGAAUGACUCUACUAUAUUUGUGGAUUUCUUGGAUAUAAAUAAGUCUCAUAGAAAAAAAGUAUAUCAGAAUACCAAUGACUAUAGCAAACUUGCCCAGGUACUCAGUGAAUACCAAUGGAAGUUGUCUUCAUUGUCUUUUCAGGUUUCUUAUCCCAUGGUAUUCUUUAAAGAAACCAUAGAACAUAUCUCAAGAGUUUCAAGAGUCCUUCGACAAUCAGGGAGUCAUAUGUUACUGAUUGGAGUCAAUGGAUGUGGAAAAGAAACUUGUGCAAAACUGGCCUGUCAUUUGAAAGAAUACAAAACCCACCAAAUCUCUGUAACUCACAAUUUUGCCUACACACAAUUCAGAGAAGAUUUUAAAAGAGCGUUUGUUCAAGCAGGACUAGAAGGAAAACAAACAGUUUUGAUAAUUGCUUAUUUAAACAUGACAGUCGAGUCAUUUUUGGAAGAUUUGAACAGCAUUAUCAAUUUGAGGAAAAUGCCUGAUUUCUUUGACAAUGAGGAGCUGGACUCUAUUGUCUUAAGAAUCCGAACUUUUGCCAAACAAUCAGGUUGCAGUGACAACAGGCAAUCUUUACUUGCAUUCUUCCACAAGAGAGUAUAUAAAAAUCUUCAUAUUUUUAUAUCCAUAAGUCCUGUUGAUCCUAAAUUUCGUUAUUGUUGUAAAAAAUAUUCUUCGAUUAUAAGUUCCUGUACGAUUGAUUGGUAUGAGAGAUGGAAUGAACAGGCUCUCCUUCUUAUAGCCAACUCUUUCUUAAGUGAAUAUGUGGAUUUUGAGAACAGAGAGGACUUACGAGAAAAACUUGCUCCAACAUGUGUGCAAAUUUACACAAGUACAAAAGAAAUGAGCAUAAAAUACUUUAAAAGAACUGGAAGAAAUUAUUUUAUCACUCCCAGCACCUACUUACAAUUCAUGGAAACCUUUGCAUACAUUCUGAAACAGCAAAAGCAGGAAUUGCAAACCAAGAGGAAUAAUUUCUACAUGGGCUUAUCCAAGAUUAUUGAAGCAGCCAAUCUGGUUAUAAAUAUGCAGAAUGAGGUCUUGCGUCUUGGUCCAAAACUAGAACAAAAAGGAAAAGAAAGAGAAAUGCUAAGACAAAAACUGGAUAAAGAUUCAGAAACAGUUGAGAGAGUUCAAAUGCUUGUUAAACAAAAUGAAGAAAUGUUGGCAGAAGAAAUAAAAAUUGUGGAAGAGUACUCUCAGGAAAUCACCCAUGAACUAAAGCGUGUAAUGCCAGCUCUAGAAAAAUCUCUUGAGGCUCUAAAUGCCCUGGAUAAAGCUGAUAUUGCUGAACUAAGAGUCUACACAAGGCCUCCCUUCCUUGUACUGACUGUUAUGAACGCAGUUUGUAUUCUACUGCAAAAGAAACCUAACUGGACAACAGCAAAGUUACUUCUCUCAGAAACUGGUUUCCUUAAAAAAUUGAUUAACCUGGACAAGGACAACAUACCUGAGAAGGCUUUCAAAAGACUGAAAAGAAUUUUAGCCUUACCUGAUUUCAACCCCAAAAAGGUUGCUCUUGUCUCUGUGGCGUGUUGUUCUAUGUGCCAGUGGGUUAUAGCUUUGAACAAAUACCAUGAAAUACAGAAGUUGGUGAGCCCAAAAAUGGUCUAUGCAGAGGAAGCUCAAAAUAUUCUAAAAAUUAAACAAAGAAGGUUGGCUGGAAAACAAAGAAAUUUACAGCUGAGUGAAGACCACCAGGUGGCUUUAAAGGAAAAAUUUAAAAACGUUAUUCUUGAAAAACAGUUAUUAUCAAAGCGAAUUAAAUUUGAUGUCAGGCGUUUGCAGCGUGCUUCCCUCCUACUAAGUAUCCUGGAAGAUAGGAAGAUGCAAUGGAAAAAAACAAUCAUUCAAAUAGACAGUAAGUUGGAAAGAAUUUUUGGUGAUAUGCUUCUCUCAGCAGCAUGCAUUGUCUUCAAUGGAGAUUUAACAGCAGAAUUUCGGCAGUUAAUGGUGAAUAAAUGGGAGAAGUUUUGCAUUGAAAACAACAUCUCUUUAUCUUCUAAAUUUUCUUUAAUUGAGGUCAUGACACAAAAACAUGAGAUCUUCCUUUGGCAUAACCAAGGACUGCCCCCUGGUCAGUAUUCUACAGAGAACGCCAUCUUGAUUAUGAAAACCCUGCAGUGGCCACUGGUGAUUGAUCCACAUAAGCAAGCACAUAGCUGGAUUCGUUGGAUGGCAGGAUCUAAGCUGCAGGAGAUCUCUGCUGAGAACAGUAAUUGUGCCCAAAUAAUUGAAAAAGCUAUAGAAGUGGGAGGAAGUGUCUUCUUGCAGAAUCUCCCUGAAACUCUAUCUCCAAGAUUAAAAGCAAUUUUGAAGAAGGAUAUCUACAAGGAUAAAGACAAAUAUUUCAUAAGGAUUGGAGAUUCUGAGAUUGAAUAUAAUACCAAAUUCAGGUUAUAUUUAUCUACAGAAAUAGAAAAUCCUACACUUCCUCCACUAGUUUAUAAGAAUGUUUCUAUUAUCAACUACAUCGUGACAUUUCAAGCUUUGCAAAAUCAAUUAUUAUCGACUGUAUUAACUCAUGAAGUGCCCCAGUUAAAAAAUGAACUUUCUCAAUUAUGGGGGAAAAUUGUCCUUAAUGCUGUUACUCUUGAAGACCUGGAAAGAAAAAUGCUAAAUUUACUGCAUUAUUCACUAGGAAAUAUUCUUGAUGAUGAGAAAAUGAUUGAUGUAUUAAAAACUUCUAAAGAGGCUUCAAGUGAAACUUCAAAGAGCAUGGAAGAAACAGAAAAAGAAGUACUUCAAAUUCAAGAAACACAACAAUAUUAUCUCCCCAUUGCUACCAGAGGUUCCCUGCUCUACUUUCUAAUAACUAAUCUUACUCAGAUGAACAGCAUGUAUCAGUUCUCUCUGGACUGGUUUCAUCAAGUUUUUGCUGUAUCAAUAGUUACCAAAGAUCAAGACGAAUAUUCUUCAAGAAGAAAUACGAGCUGGGGAAAAGCAAGCUCAGAUGCUGGAAAAUCUUCUUAUGUAGCAAGUAAAAAGACAAUUUUACAGAGGUAUCUUAAAGAUUCAAUUGAUCUUUUAACAAGAAAUGUUUUUAAGGUGGUUUCUUUAGCACUUUUUAAUCAACAUAAACUUUGCUUCUCUUUUCAACUUUGCAUUACAAUCAUGAAAAAUUAUACUAAUGAAAAUAUAAUGCAGGAUGAUAUUGGAUCCCUUUCAGAUGAAGAAUGGAACAUUUUUCUUUAUUCUGGCAUAUUGAUAAAUAGUAAAGAUGCAGUUCUCCAAUAUCAACUUGAUAAUGUAUAUGAAGUUUUUACACAAACUACUCUCCCGUGGUUGUCAAGUUACAAGUGGAAGCAAUGCCAAUAUAUCAAUAGUAAACUAGAACCAUUUUCCCUCUUAUGCAAAUCCCUUUUGUCCAAUGAGCCACAAUGGAAUGCUUUUUAUGAUAGUAAGAAUGUUUAUUCUCUGAUGAGCACACCUUUCUUGGCAGAAAAUAUUUUGGAGGAGAAAACCGAACCCUCUGAAAAUGAAGAUCAAGAUGAAUAUGCACCUAUAAACUUUCCCUGGGAAAAGCUCACUUCAUUUCAAAGACUUAUUUUGAUAAAAAUUAUUAAACCAGAAUGUUUAGAAAAUUCAGUAAGAGAGUUUAUAGCUAAAAAAAUUGGAAAUAAGUAUCUUCUCAGAACUGAAGUGAAUUUGAAGAAAUGCUAUAAAGAAUCAAAUGCCAAAAUUCCAUUGAUUCUUAUUCACACUCAUGGGGUUGAUCUCUCCAAUACUCUCCAGCAAUUAAAACGAGAGUUUAAAAAACCACCACAACAGGUGACCAUAAUUUCUCUGGGUCGUGGCCAGGCAGCUAAAGCAGAAAACCUUAUUAAGACAGCCCUGAGCAAACCUGAAUGGGUCUUUCUCGAUAAUUGCCAUCUUGCAGUAUCAUUUAUGCCUAGACUUUGCACUAUUAUAGAAUCAUUUCAGAAUCCAAAUUUGAACAUAAACCCUCAGUUCAGGCUAUGGUUAAGCUCAAACUCAGACAGUCCUUUGCCACCUUUUAUUCUUCAAAAGGGUUUAAAGAUUGCCUUGGAAAAACCCCAGGGGUUGAAAAAUACUUUACUGCAUACAUUUGGAUUUGGAUUGGCUUAUAAUAAAGAGGUGACAGAAGAAAUAUUUGAAAAAUAUGACCGUAAACCAGGGUGGAAAAAGAUUUUAUUCAGCGUGUGCAUGUUCAAUGCUCUGGUCAAUGAAAGAAAAAAAUAUGGACUACUAGGUUGGAAUAUAGCUAAUCAAUUCUGUUCUUCAGAUUUAGAGGCAUCAAUAAAGCUGAUAAGCAGUACCCUAAAUACACAGCCAGAGGUCCCGUGGAAGACGAUGCGAAACCUGAUUGGGAAAGUCAUUUAUGGCGGCUGGACCACAGACAGCUGGGACCAGCAAUGUCUAAACACUCUGCUCUACCAAUAUUGUAAUCCUGAUGUGCUGAAAGAUGACUUUUACUUUCACUUCCCUACUGAUAAGAUACGCCAGCCACAAUGGCCACUUAAAACCAUGAAGAAUUAUAUAGACAUUAUCCAAACCUUACCUGAUGACGACACUCCUGAACUCUUAGAAAUGCACCCUGAGAUCACAAGGGAAUUCAAAGAGAACUCAGCCCAAAAGUUCAUUGAAAGUCUCAUGGCUCUGCAGCCGAAAACUACCGCUGCAGACUUCACGGUCAGCAAUGAGAAGAGUGACAAUGAAUUGGUGAUGACGAUUUUAUUGGACUUGUUGAAGCGUCUGCCAAUGUCUGUGGAGAAAGAAGACUGCCCAGGAACUCAGAGUACAUUGAAGUGCAUCCUGUCCAGUCCCAUGUGGGAGUCCCUGAAUAAAAAUCUCAAAGGCUAUGAUCCCCUUAUCCAUUGUGUCUUGCUACCUUUUCUGUGCCAAGAAAUAGAACGAUUUGAUAAGUUAUUAAUUAUUGUACAUAAAUCUUUGAAUGAUCUUCAUCUUGCUCUAAAAGGAAUGGCCAUACUUACUGAUGAAUUGGAUGAAGUAUAUCACUCUUUUCUUACAAUGAAAGUGCCAACAAUGUGGCAGAAAUACGCCUACAGGUCUUGUAAGCCCCUGGUUUCCUGGGUUAAUGAUCUCAUCCAGCGUGUGAAUUUCUUCAAUACCUGGACAAAAAUGGCAUAUGCUGCAAUACACCACAGGUAUAUGAAAUUCGCCACUCCUUGGAUAUCCAACAUUCAUUCAAGUGACAAAAAAUUCAAGUCUGCCUAUUCACAAAGUGAUCAAGAAUUCUCUGAAGGAUUUCCUACCAAAUAUUGGUUCCCAGCUUUCUUCUUUCCACAAGCUUUUCUGACUUCUGUGCUUCAAGACUAUGGAAGGUACCAAGGAAUCCCUCUGAAUGAUCUCACUUUUACCCACAAGGUCAUCUCUGAUAACCCUGAUGCCAAGGACAACGAGUUCUCCAUAAUCAUACAGAAGAGACUCAACAUUGUCAGGAAAGCCUUUAAGGGUAUCCACCCCAAACAUAUUGGGGCUCACGUUUUUGGUUUGUUCAUUGAGGGAGCAAGAUGGAAUCAUGAACAAAAUAUACUUGAAGAUUCUCUGCCUCUCGAGUUGUGUUGUGAUUUUCCUGAAAUAUACUUUGUGCCAACAAAGAUUUCUUCUCUAAGUCCAGAAGAUUCUAAACAAGCAGAAGAGACCAGUUCUGAACUCUAUACUUUCCAAUGUCCAGUUUAUCAGACUCCUGAGAGAUCAAGAAUCUUGACAACUGGCUCACUCUCCAACUUUCUAACCUCGGUGAAUUUACCCACCAAGAUACAUCCUACUCACUGGAUCAAAAUGAAUGUUGCGUUGCUGUGCGAAAAGGAAGAAAAAUAA